AUGGUAAUCAAGCGUGGCAAGAUCGCGGGAAAAGCCCUACACAACCUCAUGGUCCACAACAACCGCAAGCGGUCCGCCUUCCAACCGCCACCAAACGACCACUACGAGUUUAGCUGCACCAACAGCCCGGUGUACCCGCUCUCUCUCUUCACCAACAAAGACAAAGACCAUGAUGAAAUAUUUGUUGACCCGACGGUUAUAAAGGCGCUAGAGAUGUUGACUAGCGCCGCAGCUUCACCCGCGGUUUGCGGGUUUGGGAAAAGUCAGGUGGUUAGGCAGUUGAGGAUAACGGACUCUCCAUUUCCGUUAUGUAAUGAUGAGGAGGAUAGUUAUGUGGAUGAGGCUGCUGAAGAGUUUAUUAUUAAUUUUUAUGAUGUUUUGAGACGGCAAAGUUAA